ACACAUGCAGCACUGGCUGCCGGUGGCCGAUCAGUUCCAAGCGGGUGUUCGACAGAGCGUGGUGCACGACCACGACUAUCGCGCGACGCACAAAGUGACCGAUCGACAACAUGAGGUCCACGACGAGGACCGGCCUGCUGGUGUGCGCGGCCGUGGCGGCGCUGCUGCUCGGACUGGCGGCCUCAGCCCCGGCCAGUGACGACGCCGUGAGUUCCAGCACCGCGUCGGCGACCACCGCCGCGGACACCACGACGACCAAGAAGGGCAUCCUGGGCGUGGGGAAGUCCGUGCUGGGGAAGGCCGCCGGGACAAUCUCGAAGGCCGCGGGCAGCGCGGGUCGCUUCGUCGCGACGCGCUCCACGGACGAGGAGGUCUGCUACGACAUCCUGGGCUGCUUCUCCCUCAAGUCGCCCUGGAUCUCGCCCCUCCGUCCCCUGCCCGCGCCCUCCUCACCCGAAAAGAUUGACGUCAAGCUGUAUCUGUACACGAGGAACCAGGCGGGUCGCUACAACGUCACCACCUUCCCCGAGGUCGUUCUGGACGGCAGCGACUUCCAGGGCAGCCGCCCGACCUUCUUCGUCAUCCACGGCUUCUCCAGCGACGGCAACGCCACCUGGCUCAGCGACCUCAAGGACGCCAUCCUCAAGAAGGUUGACGGCAACGUGUUCCUGGUGGACUGGGGCAACGGCGCCAGCGACGGCACUUACCUGCAGGUCGCCGCCAACACCCGCAUCGUGGGCGCCGAGGUCGGCCGUGUCGGCCGUCACCUGGUGGACGAGCACGCCGCCAACCCCAAGCACUUCCACUUCUUUGGCCACAGUCUGGGUGCGCAGAUCUCGUCGUAUGCCGCCAAGAACAUCACCAACGUCGGCCGCAUCACGGCCAUGGACCCUGCCCAGCCCGCGUUCGAGAACCUCGACAAACGAGUAAGGAUUGACCCAUCGGACGCAGACUUCGUCGACGUGAUUCACUCGAACGCCAAGCCCACUAUUCCUUUCAUCGGAUUUGGCAUGAUGAGACCUGUUGGGCACGUUGACUUCUACAUGAACGGGGGCGCGGACCAGCCCGGCUGCGAGACGCCAAAGCUGGACACGCUCAAGAGUAUCGGCGACCUGGCCAAGAUCCCCAUCAACGUGAUCGGUAACCUGGUGUCAUGCUCGCACGGUCGCUCCUACCUCUACGUGACUGAGGCCAUCAAGAGCCCGUGCCGCAUGUGGGGACACAAGAUCAACCUUGCGCAGCAGCUUUUGAACCUGGGCUCCAUCGGCCGCCUGAGCAUCAUCACCACCAGCGGGAAGUGCAAGCCCGGCGAGUGCACCCCUAUCGGCCUGGACACGCCCAGCUACCCCACCAGGGGCACCUUCGCGGUGGGCACCGCGCCCGACAAGCCUUACUGCGUUCCAGAGAACUCGGACGAUGGCCAGCAGCUCAACGAACUGAAGGAGGCGGGCCUCCUCGACGGCAAGGACACCCCCUCCACCACCCAGUCCAGCGGUGGCCUGAAGGGACUCGUCCGUGCGGUCUCCGGGUAAACGGAAUAGGCUAUUCUUUUUCAAUAAAAAAAUCUACAAUCAGUA